GGCGCAGUGCGAGCCAGGGCAGGACGCAUUUGGUACGACCCACGCCGCGCCCCGCGCCGCCGGAAGUGAGGUGUCUGACCCCCGAAGUUCCGGUUCGCAGGGGGUGGGGAGUGUUGUUAACCCGAGCGGCCGCCGCAGUCGCGCGGAUUGAGCGGGCUCGCGGCGCUGCGUUCCUGGUCUCCGGGCCAGGGCAAUGUUCCGCACGGCAGUGAUGAUGGCGGCCAGCCUGGCGCUGACCGGGGCUGUGGUGGCUCACGCCUACUACCUCAAACACCAGUUCUACCCCACUGUGGUGUACCUGACCAAGUCCAGCCCCAGCAUGGCAGUCCUGUACAUCCAGGCCUUUGUCCUUGUCUUCCUCCUGGGCAAGGUGAUGGGCAAGGUGUUCUUUGGGCAACUGAGGGCAGCAGAGAUGGAGCACCUUCUGGAACGUUCCUGGUAUGCCGUCACAGAGACUUGUCUGGCCUUCACCGUUUUUCGGGAUGACUUCAGCCCCCGCUUUGUUGCACUCUUCACUCUUCUUCUCUUCCUCAAAUGUUUCCACUGGCUCGCUGAGGAUCGUGUGGACUUUAUGGAACGCAGCCCCAACAUCUCCUGGCUCUUUCACUGCCGCAUUGUCUCUCUCAUGUUCCUCCUGGGCAUCCUGGACUUCCUCUUCGUCAGCCACGCCUAUCACAGCAUCCUGACCCGUGGGGCUUCUGUGCAGCUGGUGUUUGGCUUUGAGUAUGCCAUCCUGAUGACGAUGGUGCUCACCAUCUUCAUCAAGUAUGUGCUGCACUCCGUGGACCUCCAGAGUGAGAACCCCUGGGACAACAAGGCUGUGUACAUGCUCUACACAGAGCUGUUUACAGGCUUCAUCAAGGUUCUGCUGUACAUGGCCUUCAUGACUAUCAUGAUCAAGGUGCACACCUUCCCACUCUUUGCCAUCCGGCCCAUGUACCUGGCCAUGAGACAGUUCAAAAAAGCUGUGACAGAUGCCAUCAUGUCUCGCCGAGCCAUCCGCAACAUGAACACCCUGUAUCCAGAUGCCACCCCAGAGGAGCUCCAGGCAAUGGACAAUGUCUGCAUCAUCUGCCGAGAAGAGAUGGUGACUGGUGCCAAGAGACUGCCUUGCAACCACAUUUUCCAUACCAGCUGCCUGCGCUCCUGGUUCCAGCGGCAGCAGACCUGCCCCACCUGCCGUAUGGAUGUCCUUCGGGCAUCGCUGCCAGCCCAGUCACCACCACCCCCGGAGCCUGCGGAUCAGGGGCCACCCCCUGCACCCCACCCCCCACCACUCUUGCCUCAGCCCCCCAACUUCCCCCAGGGCCUCCUGCCUCCUUUUCCUCCAGGCAUGUUCCCACUGUGGCCCCCCAUGGGCCCCUUUCCACCUGUUCCGCCUCCCCCCAGCUCAGGAGAGGCUGUGGCCCCUCCAUCCACCAGUGCAGCAGCCCUUUCUCGGCCCAGUGGAGCAGCUACCACAGCUGCUGGCACCAGUGCUGCUGCUGCUUCUGCCACAGCAUCUGGCCCAGGCUCUGGCUCUGCCCCAGAAGCUGGCCCUGCCCCUGGCUUCCCCUUCCCUCCUCUCUGGAUGGGUAUGCCCCUGCCUCCGCCCUUUGCCUUCCCCCCAAUGCCUGUGCCCCCUGCGGGGUUUGCUGGGCUGACCCCAGAGGAGCUACGAGCUCUGGAGGGCCAUGAACGGCAGCACCUGGAGGCCCGGCUGCAGAGCCUGCGUAACAUCCACACACUGCUGGACGCCGCCAUGCUACAAAUCAACCAGUACCUCACCGUGCUGGCCUCCUUGGGGCCCCCUCGGCCUGCCACUUCAGUCAACUCCACUGAGGAGACUGCCACUACAGUUAUUGCUGCUGCCUCCUCCACCAGCAUCCCCAGCUCAGAGGCCACGACCCCAACCACAGGAGCCUCCCCAACAGCCCCUGAAACGGAAAGGCCUCCAGGUAGGUGUGAUUGGCCUCCAGCCAGGGGAGCAGGGAACUUCUCUAGGUUCCACUUCCAGUCUCUUUGUCCCCAGCUCCUGAGUCAGUGGGCACAGAGGAGAUGCCCGAGGAUGGAGAGCCUGAUGCAGCAGAGCUCCGCCGGCGCCGCCUGCAAAAGCUGGAGUCUCCUGUUGCCCACUGACACUGCCCCAGCCCAGCCCCAGCCCCUGCUCUUUUGAGCAGCCCUCGCUGGAACACAUCCUGCCACCAAGUGCCAGCUCCCUGUCUGUCUGCAGCAGGGAGUAGUACCCCCAGCUCUGAGAAAGAGGCGGCAUCUCCUAGGCCAAGUGGAAAGAGGCUGGGGUUCCCAUUUGACUCCAGCCCUCAGAGUCCCAGGCAGCCAUGGGGAUCUCGGGUCAGUUCCAGCCUUCCUCUCCAACUCUUCAGCCCUGUGUUCUGCUGGGGCCAUGAAGGCAGAAGGUUGAGGCUCUGAGAAGCCCUCUUCUUCCCCCACCCCUUUCUGGGAGAAGGGGCAGCCCCUCUGAGCCCUACUUGUAUGUGUGGAGUCACACUGCAGUGCCGAACAGUAUUAGCUCCCGUUCCCAAGUGUGGACUCCAGAGGGGCUGGAGGCAAGCUAUGAACUUGCUCCCUGGCCCACCCGUAAGACUGAUACCCAUUUCCUUUUCUUACCCUGAUCUCCCCAGAAGCCUCUUGUGGUGGUGGCUGUGCCCCCUAUGCCCUGUGGCAUUUCUGCGUCUUACUGGCAACCACACAACUCAGGGAAAGGAAUGCCUGGGAGUGGGGGGGGCAGGCGGGCAGCACUGAGGGACCCUGCCCCGCCCCUCCCCUCUCCCCAGGCCCCUUUCCCCUGCAGCUUCUCAGGUGAGACUGACCUGUCUCACCCAGCAGCCACUGCCCAGCCGCACUCCAGGCAAGGGCCAGUGUGCCUGCUCCUGACCACUGCAAUCCCAGCGCCCAAGGAAGGCCACUUCUCAACUGGCAGAACUUCUGGAGUUUAGAAUUGGAAUUACUUCCUUACUAGUGUCUUUUGGCUUAAAUUUUGUCUUUUGAAGUUGAAUGCUUAAUCCUGGGAAAGACGAAGGUCUUUCCAGUUUAGAAAAGGCUCUGUACCAAGGAGGGACCACAGGAGCUAGGACCUGCCUGCCCCUGUCUUUUCCCCUUGGUUUUGUGUUACAAGAGUUGUUGGAGACAGUUUCAGAUGAUUAUUUAAUUUGUAAAUAUUGUACAAAUUUUAAUAGCUUAAAUUGUAUAUACAGCCAAAUAAAAACUUGCAUUAACAGUU